GUGUGUAUACUUUUGAGGUCACGAGUGUUUGUGGCCGAGUAUGUAUAGAAUUCUGGCGAUGAUAAUUUUGUCCUAAGCAAUAAGGGGAAUAGUUACGAUCGCAAAGUCGGCUCGAAAGGUUGCAUACGAUUAUCUUUUUUUUUUGUUCUUCGAACAUGGCUUUGAGGUUAUCUAGAAGGAUUUUGGAAAAUGUGAGGAGGAGGGUUACUUCAUUGGGAUGCCGACCCAUGUCCCAGUACUACCCCAUCGAUGAGAAUGUCUUCGGUCUCACCGAUGACCAAAUCCAGCUCAGGGAAACCGUAUUCAACUUCGCGCAAAAAGAAUUGGCACCGCACGCGAAUGAUAUCGACAAGAAGAACAACUUUGCCGACAUCCGCGAAUUCUGGAAGAAAUUGGGAAACCUCGGUAUACUCGGUGUAACAGUAAAAUCGGAAUAUGGGGGUUUGGGGGGAACAUACCUGGACCACGUGAUUAUUAUGGAAGAGCUAUCGAGGGCAUGUUCAGCUAUCGCUCUUAGCUACGGCGCUCACUCGAAUCUCUGCAUAAAUCAGAUCUACAGAAACGGCAACGAAGAACAGAAGAAAAAAUAUCUGCCGAAAUUGGUGAACGGCGAGCAUAUCGGCGCUCUUGCCAUGUCUGAGCCGGGGUCCGGUUCGGAUGUGGUGUCGAUGAAGCUGCGCGCCGAAAAGAAAGGUGAUUACUACGUGCUGAACGGCAACAAGUUCUGGAUCACCAACGGCCCGGAUGCUGACGUCCUUGUGGUAUAUGCCAAAACUAGUCCAGAGUUGAACCAGCGCGGCAUCACCACUUUCUUGGUGGAGAAAGGCUUCGAAGGAUUUUCGACCGCGCAAAAGUUGGAUAAAUUGGGAAUGCGCGGUUCGAACACAUGCGAACUCAUCUUUGAGGAGUGCAAAGUCCCAGCGGAGAACGUGAUGGGCGGCGUAAAUAAAGGUGUUUACGUAUUGAUGUCUGGAUUAGAUUACGAGCGGUUGGUGCUUGCAGCCGGACCAGUUGGUUUAAUGCAGGCCUGCUGCGACAUCGCAUUUAAUUACGCUCACCAGAGGAAGCAGUUUGGACAACCAAUUGGAGAGUUCCAACUGCUGCAAGGAAAAAUGGCCGAUAUGUAUACCACCCUCAGCGCUUGCCGCAGUUACCUGUACAGCGUGGCAAGGGCCUGCGAGAAGAGCAAUGCGAAUAGCAAGGAUUGCGCCGGAGUCAUCCUAUACUGCGCCGAGAAAGCUACCCAGGUCGCACUUGAUGCCAUCCAAAUACUAGGUGGUAACGGCUACAUCAACGAUUAUUCAACCGGACGACUCCUGAGGGACGCCAAACUCUACGAGAUUGGAGCCGGCACCUCCGAAGUCAGGAGACUCCUCAUCGGCAGAACCUUGAACAAAGAGUACAAACAACUGUGAAGAAAUUUAAUAUAAUAAUGUUAACUAUUUACCUUAUAUACAAACACCCAUUACUAUGCAUUUUGUUUAAUUACUAAUUCAAAAUAGUAGUUAUAGGCAGUGUUGCCUUUAACUGUUCAUGGAACAAAUAUACAAAGAGUAUUCA